GAUGGUGCUGUAUCUCAUGAGAUGCCUUUCUCUCCUGCUGCUGCUGGAGCUGUGCGAGCCAUUGUAUCCACUUGAUGUUUGGCCUAAGGGACUCACUAAGGCUCACUGGUUUGAAAUUCAGCACAUCCAGUCAAGUUCUCGGCCAUGCAACAGGGCAAUGAGUGGUGUCAACAAUUACACACAGCACUGUAAGCCAGCAAAUGCCUUUCUGCAUGACUCUUUCCAGAAUGUGGCCACUGUCUGUGAUUUGCCCAAUAUCAUCUGUAAGAAUGGUGAGAAGAACUGUCACCAGAGUUACAAGCCUGUGAACUCUACCCACUGCAGACUCACAUCAGGGAAGUAUCCCCACUGCCACUACAGUGAGGAUGCCCAGUACAAAUUCUUCAUUGUUGCUUGUGACCCCCCAGAAAAGAGUGAUCCUCCCUACCAGCUAGUUCCUGUGCACUUAGAUAAGCUGGUCUAAGGUUAUGAGCCCAUCUCCUCUCAUUUGACAGUUUCUUUCACAGUUUCUCCAGAUUUUUUUCUUCUUUUUUCUCAUUUGUGUCAAUAUUUGGGUAUGAUCUCAAGGCCUGGGUGCUGUCCAGU